GGCGGGGCGUGCUGGUUCCUUAGAGACCGAACCCGGGCUGGGCGGCGGCGGAGAAACCGCCGAGACAGCCCGCCCUUGGAGAAGCCAAGAUGCCGAUUAGGGGCAAGAGGAAAGGCAAGAACAAAGACAAAGACAAGCUUCUUAAGAAGAAGUCAACAAAAACUGAGGAAACUGCAGUGGAAAGAGCCAAGGCCAAUGCCUCCCUUUGGGAGGCCAGGCUGGAAAUCACAGAGCUCUCUAGGAUUGAGUAUCGUGAUACUUCCCUGAGACUUGCGAAAACUAAUGAGGACUUAAGGAAACAGCAGUAUAAAAUGGAGAAAGACACAAUGUCCGUAUUAAGCUACCUGAAGAAGCAGGACCAGGAGAAAGAUAAUAUGAUUGAAAAACUAAAACAGCAGUUGAAUGAAACAAAGGAAAAAGCCCAAGAGGAGAAGGAAAUAUUGGAACAAAAGUAUUCUGAGCAAAUAAAUGAGCUGGAGGGACGUUUCUAUCAGAAAUCCAAAGAAAUUGGCAUGAUUCAGACAGAGCUAAAAACAAUAAAACAAUUCCAAAAACGAAAAAUCCAAGUGGAGAAAGAAUUAGAUGAUCUGAAGGAGAAUUUAAGGAACACAGAGCGGAAACACCAAGAGACGCUUAGAAAAUUGGAAAACAGGUUUUUUAAAGAAAAGCACCGACUAGAACAGGAAGCUGAAAAGAAGGUAAUAAUGCUGGCAGAGAGAGCCCAUCAUGAAGCUGUUGUGCAAUUGAACAGUGCUGGAAGAGCUGUUUUUAAAGAGAAUGUUUCUCUCCAGAAAGCUCUUGACUAUCACCUGAAGGAAGCUGAUGCUCUACAAAAACAAUCUGCGAAGUUGCUAGAGUCUAAAACUUCCCUUUUAUAUCAAAAGGAAAUCAAUGAUCUGUUGAUUAAGGAAAAGGUUAUGCAACUUACCCAGCAGAAGUCACAAAUCCAAAAUCUUCAGAAGAAGGUGGUAAGCUUGGAGACUGCCCUGAGUUGUCUGACUAGAGAGUUUGAGACUGAAGUUCUAAAACAGAAGCAGGAGGCAAUGGUAAAUAACCAAAGUGAUCAGAUUGAAAUUUACAAACUGCGGAACCUGCUUCAGAAGAAGAAUAGGGAAAUGAAUAGAGUGAAGAAACUGGCCAAGAACAUACUAGAUGAGAGAACAGAAGUGGAAAGUUUCUUUUUGGAUGCUCUACACCAAGUGAAGCAAGAGAUUGCAUUUAACAGGUUGCAUUAUAAGAAGAUGGCACAAGCUGCUUUCAAUUUAAAAAUGCGAGAGGCGUACGCAGGAAGAACAGAAUAUCCCAAAAUUCGAACAUUUGAUGGCAGAGAGCACAGCACCAAUAGUGUGGACCAGGAUCUUAAAGAGGCUAGUAAAUGGACAGAUAUUCAAGGAAAUGUGGAUAUUGGAGAUUUGACUUGGGAGCAGAAGGAGAAAGUCUUACGAUUGCUUUUUGCAAAAAUGAAUGGUUUUGGUCCCAGGAAAUAUAAUCAGAGCUCUAGACCUCCAGGUUCAGAAUAUGUUGUUCCAGACAAUGGACAAACAGAGGAAUUUGGGGAUGAAAGUAAGCUUCAAGAUCAAACGUUCAUCACCCAGCAAGUACCAAUCUCAGACUCUUCUCAUGAACUGGUAAUAUCCAAUAUUCAGAAAGGAUCACAUGAGUCUGACAUGACCAUUUCUGCUGUUUGAAUAUGCCAUGACUGUUCUUGCCUUAGGAAGUAUGCACCUCCUGAAGAAUGUGAUAAUAGUGGUAACUUAAUCCUCAUAACCUCAUGAAAUAUAGGUAUUGUUGUUAUUUUCAUUUUACAGAUGAAGAAAUCUGAGACAAAGAGAAGGUAUCUCCAAAGUCACACAGUUAAUAACUGGCCAAGCUGGGGUUUGAACCCAGGCAAUUUGGUUUCAGAUCUGCUUUUGUUCAGUGCUGUAUUUAUAGUGCCUAGAAUAGUGUUUGGUACAAAGAAGGUGCUCAAAGAAAUUUUUUGUAAGUGAAUAACCAUUACAGGGAGAAAUAUGUGGAUUGGUGGGAGCACAUGAGGGCAUACCCAACUGAGCACUGAGGAAAGGGCUGGUGGCAGUCAAGUGGUUUUCUGGAGGAGUCCAUUCUUUAAAUGGAGACAUGACAGGUGAUUAAGAGUUAGUCAGAUGAAAAUGAGGAGGCAGAGGAGAGGGCAUAUAUAAAGGCUUGGACUUCCGUAUGCUUUUUCCCUAAAACUCUGUUCUCUUUCAAAUCUUUUCUAGGAGACCUACUGACAAGCAGUGCUGAACAAUGUAUGACCUCACAGAGGCUGCUGGCAGACCCUUCCUUGCAGAAUCCUUGUUCCUGAAUAUAUAAAAGUUUCUUAGAGGAAAAGACAUUUAAAAAGACUU